ACCAGGGGUUGGAAAAACAACACUAGGCAAAGAACUUGCAUCAAGAUCAGGACUGAAAUACAUUAAUGUGGGUGAUUUAGCUCGAGAAGUCUGAUCACCGGAUAUCAUGGAGUCUGGCAAGAUGGCUUCUCCCAAGAGCAUGCCGAAAGAUGCACAGAUGAUGGCACAAAUCCUGAAGGAUAUGGGGAUUACAGAAUAUGAGCCAAGAGUAAUAAAUCAGAUGUUGGAGUUUGCCUUCCGAUAUGUGACCACAAUUCUAGAUGAUGCGAAAAUUUAUUCAAGCCAUGCUAAGAAAGCUACCGUUGAUGCAGAUGAUGUGCGAUUGGCAAUCCAGUGUCGCGCUGACCAGUCUUUUACCUCUCCUCCCCCAAGAGAUUUUUUAUUAGAUAUUGCAAGGCAGAGAAAUCAAACCCCUUUGCCACUGAUCAAGCCAUAUUCAGGUCCUAGAUUGCCACCUGAUAGAUACUGCUUGACUGCUCCAAACUAUAGACUUAAGUCUUUACAAAAAAAGGCAACUACUUCUGCGGGAAGAAUAACAGUUCCACGGUUAAGUGUUGGUUCAGUUACUAGCAGACCAAGUACUCCCACACUUGGCACACCAACCCCACAAACCAUGUCAGUUUCAACUAAAGUAGGGACUCCGAUGUCCCUUACAGGGCAAAGGUUUACAGUACAGAUGCCCACUUCACAGUCCCCAGCUGUAAAAACAUCAAUUCCUGCAACAUCAGCAGUUCAGAAUGUUCUUAUUAAUCCAUCAUUAAUUGGGUCCAAAAACAUUCUCAUUACCACUAACAUGGUGUCAUCACAAAAUACUGCCAAUGACUCAUCAAAUGCAUUGAAACGAAAACGCGAAGAUGAUGAUGAUGACGACGACGAUGAUGAUGACUAUGAUAAUUUGUAAUCCAGCCUUGAUGCAUGUAACAUGUAUACUUGAUCUUGAAUCCACUGUACUAAGAUUAAAUACGCAUGCUGGAUGUUUGCAAGUUGUGUUUUAGAAAACAUAGUAUUUAAUGAGUAAAUACAGUUACCAUAGUUUUUAAUUGAGAUAUUGUAUUUUCUUUAAUAGAAUUCAUAGUG